UUCCUAUCAUCUGCUAUGGCAAUUUCGAUUUGACGGGGGGUCUCGCGUGUAAACGUUCGGCGUACGGGAUGACGCGAGGUGCAAGGUACACACGGGCGAGCUGUCAUGUCGCGUAUCUGCGACGCGAUGAGUAACGGAAAGUUAUUUAACGUUUCGUCGCGGUAGAGGCACUGCUCUGCGGUUGCGUUUUUCGUUUGCUAAACCUUUCAUUCGACGCGCCGGUAGCAUCAUCACCAGCACCAGCAUGGCCUGGCUCGGCACGAUCGCGAACAACGUUCUACGAAACAUCGUCUUCUCGGACACGCCACCAAACGUGGUCCAGGAGGUUCGGCCGGAGCAGUACAGCAAUCGGCACAUACACUCCCGCGAGGAUGGUAUCGUUCUUUACGGACCUGGCGGCAAGAAUCAGGACAAGUACGAGAUCGUCCUGCACAGACCGUGCACCGAGACCCUGCAUCAGGCGUUCAGUCUGUUCCGAUCAGAAACUCUAGAAGGUGCGGAAACAAGAUUCUCAAUAUAUAAAGACAAAGUUCCUGUUCUCGUGCAAAUAGUGCGCGAGAUGUGCAAUGUAGGAAAGAUUCAAAAACUUUGCGAUACUCUGACGGAACACCCGACAUGGACUUUGGCUCAUCUGGCUGCUUACUUCGCUCUUCACGACGCGUUUACGCAUGCGAUCGUCAACAGUCAGCUCAACAGUGGCGACUUGGAGACCGGAAUUUCACCCCUGCAGGUUGCCGUGCAGACCAACAAUCUACGCACCGUCGAGAUGCUGAUUGCGGCGAAAAGCUCGCUGGAGCAUUUGGAUCACAAUGCCAACACCGUCUAUCAUUAUGCGGCCACGUCUACCAAGGAGAUUAUUCUCGCUCUGGGCUCGGGUCUUCCAAACAGCUUGAACAGCCGCAACAGCAACGGCCACACGCCGAUGCAUGUCGCGUGUCUGAACGACAAACCCGAGUGCGUGAAAGCACUUCUGCUGAUUGGCGCGGACGUGAACAUAUCCGCUUCCGAGGGUCAGCCCUCCAGUCCCGGCUACGUCGGCGACUUUUUGCACAACAAGCCGAACGUGCUUCACGCGGAGGAUAUGAAGUUUGGCGGAACGCCGCUGCAUUGGUCGCGCAGCCGCGAAGUCAUCACCGCCCUGAUCGACACCAACUGCGACAUCGACGCGCUCAACUUCGACGGGCGUACCGCGCUGCACGUGAUGGUGAUGCGCAAGCGGCUGCCCUGCGUGAUCGCUCUGUUGAGCCACAUGGCAUCCGUCAACAUCGUCGACAACGACGGUAACACGCCGCUGCAUUUCGCGGUCGAGGCGGAGGCGUCGGCCAUCGUGCAAGCACUCAUCGGCUUCGGCGCCGAUGUUGACACGCGCAACUGGAAAGCGGAGACACCCAGGCACAAAGCGAACGUUGAUACUACCGAGGGCAACAAGAUCAUCUACUUGCUGCACGCGGUGGGCGCGCAGAGAUGUCUGCCAGAAAUGCAGAACUGCCACCUCGGCUGCCGGCACGACGAGAACUACACCGGAAUCGCGCCCUCGGAGCCGCCGCAUUACGUGCCACGCACGAUUCUUGAUCAGAUGCUUCACGUGUCCGGGAUGGAAAAGAUGGCCGAGCACGGAAAUCGCAGGCGAAUCAAGGGCGGCAGGCUGCUAUGCCUCGACGGCGGCGGCAUUCGAGGUUUGGUUCUCAUACAGACGCUGCUGGAGAUCGAGUCGGUGCUGCGCAAACCGGUGGUGCACUGUUUCGACUGGAUCGCCGGCACGUCCACCGGUGGUAUCCUGGCGCUUGGCCUCGCCGCCGGUAAAUCUCUACGGGAGUGCCAGGCGCUUUACUUUCGCAUCAAGGAGAACGCGUUCGUAGGCUCGCGGCCCUAUAGCAGCGACGGCUUGGAGAAGGUGCUAAAGGAGUGCCUCGGCGCUCAGACCGUCAUGGCGGACAUCCAGAAGCCAAAGAUAAUGAUCACAGGCGUGCUCGCCGAUCGCAAACCCGUGGAUCUUCAUCUGUUUCGCAACUACGAGUCGCCCAGCGCGAUCCUGAAGCUGCCGGAGAGUUCGAUGUUCAAGCCGACGUUGUCGCCGCGGGAACAAUUGCUUUGGAAGGCGGCGAGGGCCACCGGCGCCGCGCCCUCGUACUUCCGGGCGUUCGGCCGUUUUCUGGACGGUGGUUUGAUCGCCAAUAAUCCCACCUUGGAUGCCAUGACAGAGAUCCACGAGUACAAUCUGGCACUGAAGGCUACCGAUCGCGAAAAAGACGUGAUACCGUUAUCGCUGGUAGUCUCCCUCGGCACAGGAAUCAUACCGACCACAUUCACUCUGAAUGAGAUCGACGUUUUCCGACCGGACAGCCUCUGGGACACUGCCAAACUCGCGUUCGGUAUGUCAGCGCUUGGCACGUUGCUGGUCGAUCAAGCGACUGCCUGUCACGGUCGCGUGGUCGAUCGCGCUCGCAGCUGGUGCUCCAUGAUCGGCGUGCCAUACUAUCGAUUCAAUCCGCAGCUGUCGACAGAGGUUGCCAUGGACGAGAAGAGCGACGAGGUACUAGUGAACAUGAUCUGGACCGCGAAGGCGUUCAUGCACGCGAAUCGAGAUGUGAUGCAGGAACUGGCGACUAUCAUCGAACGUGACUCCAGUUUGGAGAGAGACUAAGAGGGAAGACUCAAAACAGCUAUCAUCGAAAAGAAAAGAGUACCUGGUUGCGGAAUCACGUGUUGCACGCACAUACACACAUACACGCAUUUACGUAUAAUUAUAUAUCGACGAUUUACCGCUGGCUCGGUUAAUAAUUACGUAAUUAGCCUAGCAAUUAUCUCGUUGCGUAGCGUGUAUUAUAGAGUUACUUCUUCACCGCUACUUGCCGUCAGUGUCGCGACAAAAAUGUGAUAUUAGAUUGCCUUUUUUUUCGUUGCUCACGUUAUAGAUAACGUGACAAGACGAGAUGCUUGCGUAUAUGUGACCACAUUUCCUUUUUUCCCCCUUUUCUUCACGAUUCUAACUAUAAUUUUUUCUCUAGUCGUUCAUAGACAUCACAUGGGAUGAUAUAUAAGUUAUACAUAUCAUUUUAAUGCAUAAUUUAUAAAUCUGCUUGUUCUGUAAUUUAAAACUAUAUUUUUUGUUGAUUUUUUUUGCAAAUAGUCUUGAAGAACUUAACAUUGAGCCAUAACUUAUGAAUACUUAGAUAAUAGAUCUGAUUUAUUUAUAUUGUGUCACAGAGUUUACAAGAAAAAAUAAAUUAAAAAAAAGAGA